CCACACUUUGUUUUGAAUGGUACAACGCCAGUGCGUCAAGUUGCUGGAGCGCACACUGUGUGGGCUUUGGCAGCAACACGCGGACUGAGGCUGCAGGACGACGGUCGAGUGACAUUUAAAUCCUGUUGUGUGCAUUAUUAAUUCGUUAACAACUGUCAGCGAUGUGCAGCCCAUCGAACAAAUAAUCGGACGCAUCUUUGUUUUGUUCUGGAACUAACUUCCUUUGGAUGAACUGGGAAUUUCUUAUAGAAGCGAUAGGACAUUUAUUUUGAAAUAUAAAAUCAAACUACAGCUGGUCGCUUCUGCCCAAGAGGGCUACUGAUGGCUUUAGUUAGCAGACUGGGGAUUCCUGAAGUUACAGCAGUAAACAGAGCAGACAGAAGAGCUCCAGUCAUUAAACUAAAACAACAUCUGUGGAAUUAGGACACACUACCUCUUCUCCACUGCAGCUCAACUGAUGUCAAACCUAAAUUACAAAGUCAGAGGGCAAAUGUCCGACCCAGGGAGGGUUUGCCUCAAACAUCUCGUCUAUCAUCAUUUAUCAGAAGAUGCAAUGAUGGAGAGUCUGUGCCAGGCUGCAGCACUGGAGCCUCUUAGAUUCCAAUGUAGUGAAUAAAAUGUAGCUCACCCCUUGUUGUGCAUGUUCAGGGAUGGAUCUCAUGAACUUUACAGCUGUCGUCGACAGUGGGUUUUUGGAUGAGGCGCCAUCGAAUCGUGUCCUAACCGGCUGUUUCCUCUCGCUGCUUAUCCUCACUACCUUGCUGGGAAACACUUUAGUUUGCGCUGCUGUCACCAAAUUUCGACACCUGCGCUGUAAAGUGACCAACUUCUUUGUGAUCUCUCUGGCUGUGUCAGACCUCUUGGUUGCCAUCUUGGUGAUGCCAUGGAAGGCAGUAACAGAGAUCGCUGGGUUCUGGCCAUUCGGCUCCUUCUGUGACACUUGGGUGGCUUUUGACAUUAUGUGCUCCACAGCAUCCAUUUUGAACCUUUGUGUGAUAAGCUUAGACCGCUACUGGGCCAUCUCCAGUCCCUUUCGCUAUGAGAGGAAGAUGACACCUAGAGUGGCCUGUGUUAUGAUCAGCAUGGCCUGGAUGCUGUCUGUCCUCAUUUCCUUUAUCCCGGUGCAGCUCAACUGGCACAAGGCCCAAACUAAAUCUUACACCACUCUCACUAGGUCCUCUGGUUCUUCAGAUUUUAAUGCUACAUCUUACACCAUCCCAGAAAACUGUGACUCGAGCCUGAACAGGACCUACGCCAUCUCAACAUCUCUCAUAAGCUUUUACAUCCCUGUGGUCAUUAUGGUGGCCACCUAUACCCAGAUCUACCGCAUUGCCCACAAACAAAUUAAGAGGAUUUCUGCCCUUGAGCGAGCAGCCGAAAUUGCUAAGAACAGACACAACAGCAUGGGCGGAGGGUCCAGCAUCACAGAGUCUGACAGCACUUUCAAAAUGACAUUCAAGAGAGAGACCAAGAUGCUGAAGAUGCUAUCUGUGAUCAUGGGGGUGUUUGUGUGCUGCUGGCUCCCAUUCUUUAUCCUCAACUGCAUGGUGCCCUUCUGCGAGCAAUCAAGCGGAGGGGAGGCUUUUCCCUGCAUCAGCCCCACCACAUUUGAUGUGUUUGUGUGGUUUGGCUGGGCUAAUUCCUCCCUCAAUCCCAUCAUCUAUGCUUUCAAUGCAGAUUUUCGCAAGGCCUUCUCCAUCCUGCUGGGCUGCCACAGACUCUGUCAAGGAGGCCACAACAUAGAGACGGUCGGUGUAAGCAAGAAAUGACUCAUGACUCUCUCAUAGCGAUGACUCAUUCUUAAUGCUAAGAGUCCAAGUGCUCUUGUUGAGGCUAGUCUGAUCAGUUUAACAGGGGAAAGCUGCUCUUUGCACUAACUCUGUGACUGAGGGAUAUGGUGACCCUAAAUGUACCCGUGUUUGCACUACACUGUCUUCAGUUGGAAGAAGCUCCUGAAAGAGGACAAGGGAUUUGGGGGUAUUGAUUGAGACUUUGCUGUUGUGCCAGGGGGCUGGGAGCACAGUGAUGCUGACACACCCCUGGGAUAGAUAAUCCCAUGACUGGGAAGCGCAUACCCUAAUGCUGUCAGACACUGCUCUCUUCAAUACUGUCACACAAGAAUGCAAACGAUGUCAAAACACACUCUUCUAUAUAUAGUGUAGCUGCAGCGCCCAAGAGCAUGCAGAAAUAGUGUUACCCAUUACACUAACAACCUGGGCUCUGCAAGGAUUCAUGUGGUAAAGCAUCAAACCAAAUCAUAUUUCUUCAUAGAUGAACAUGUAGGUGAAAUUUAUCAACAAAAUAUAACUUAAUAUUAAAUCUAGAAUGAAAACAUUUGAUUUUAUGUGUAGCUUUAUCCAUUAAUGUUUUAAAAGAAAGCUUUGAUAAGUGGCCACUAAUGAAAACAUGAUCUGAAGCCAAG